UGUUAGAAAAUUAAUCCAAAACAUGGGACUUGAUAAAAUUGCAGUGAUCACCAUGAUCAUCUCAUUUCUCAGCUGUACUGAAUCAACUCGUCCUCCAUUUUCAUGUGACGCGUCCAACCCAGUUACCAGAACAUUUACAUUCUGUAACAUAUCAUUACCCAUACACCAAAGGGUAGAGGAUCUAAUUUCACGGCUGAAUUUGGACGAGAAAAUAUCACAACUGGGUAACACUGCACCCGCCAUUCCUCGGCUAAAUAUCUCUGCUUACGAGUGGUGGUCGGAAUCGUUACACGGCCUAACAUAUGCAGGAGAAGGGAUGUCCUUCAAUGAAAGCAUUACAACUGCAACUCAGUUCCCUCAGAUCAUUCUUACUGCUUCUACUUUUGACGAACAUCUCUGGUAUCGAAUUGCUCAGGCAAUUUCAAGAGAAGCAAGAGCAGUAUACAAUGCUGGUGAACUAAAAGGAAUGACAUUCUUUGCACCGAAUAUAAACAUUCUAAGGGACCCAAGAUGGGGUAGAGCUCAAGAGACGGCUGGAGAGGACCCGAUGAUGGUAGGAAAAUACGGAGUGGCUUAUGUAAGAGGACUUCAAGGAGAUAGUUUUCGAGGUGGGAAGCUAAAAGAUGGGCAUCUUCAAGCCUCAGCUUGCUGUAAGCACUUUACAGCUCAGGAUUUGGAUCACUGGAAUGGCCACUAUCGUUUCACUUUCGAUGCUCAGGUUACAGCGCAGGAUAUGGCAGAUUCAUUUCAACCACCAUUCAAGAGUUGCGUGGAAGAAGGAAAAGCCACCAGUCUAAUGUGUGCUUAUAGUCGUCUCAAUGGUGUCUCUAACUGCGCUAACUAUGAUCUCCUGACUAAGACUGUCCGUGGACAAUGGGGUUUCAACGGUUCCAUUGUAUCAGAUUGCGAUGCAGUUAAGGUUAUGCAUGAUCACCAGGGAUACACAGUGGAAGAUGCAGUUGCAGCUUCUCUCAAAGCUGGUAUGGAUGUAAACUGUGGUUCCUGCGUGAGAACCAACGCAAGAUUAGCUUUGGAGAAGAAGAAAUUACAAGAAUCCGAUAUAGACAGAGCUCUUCUCAAUAUCUUCUCUAUUAGAAUGAGGUUAGGACUAUUCAAUGGUGAGCCAAGAAAAUUGGAAUAUGGAAACAUUGCAACAGCAGAGGUUUGUAGUAAAAAGCACCAGGAUCUAUCCCUUGAAGCAGCAAGAAAUGGCAUUGUCCUUUUGAAGAACUCUCCCAAACUCCUUCCACUUUCUAAGAUCAAAACCACAUCACUUGCUGUAAUAGGUCCAAAAGCAAAUGAUGCUGAAUUACUUUUAGGUAACUACGCGGGCAUUCCAUGCAAGAAUGUUUCAUUACUCCAAGGAUUUCAGCACAUCGUGAAAAGCAUACACUACCAUCCGGGCUGCAACUUUGUCAACUGUACUUCUGCUGCAACACAUGAAGCAGUUGAUGUUGCUAAAAAGGCACAGUAUGUUGUUUUAAUAAUGGGAUUAGACCAGCGUAUGGAGAGGGAGAGCUGGGAUCGCACAGAACUGGGGCUGCCUGGCCAGCAAGAGACUCUUAUUACAGCAGUAGCCAAGGCUGCUGCUGAACCUGUUAUACUUGUGUUGGUAGGUGGAGGUCCUAUUGACAUUUCUUUUGCCAAGAAGAACCCGAAAAUCGGAGGCAUCUUGUGGAUUGGUUAUCCUGGAGAGGCUGGAGCAGCUGCACUAACACAGAUCAUUUUUGGAGAACAUAAUGCAGGAGGCAGGUUACCAGUGACUUGGUAUCCCAAGGAAUUCACAAAAGUACCAAUGACAGACAUGAACAUGAGGCCUAACUCAACGACUGGAUAUCCAGGGCGAACAUACAGAUUUUACAAAGGGCCAAAAGUUUAUGAAUUUGGAUAUGGCCUUAGUUACACAAGUUAUUCAUACAAGAUUGACUCUGUCAAUCAUGACAAGCUCUACUUCAAUAACCUAAAGACAGACAAGGCAAGAAAACAUGGUUCACUACUUAAUGUAGCAGUUUCGGAUAUUGGAUCAGAGGCUUGCAAAAAGGCUAAUAUUUCAGUUAAGGUUGUGGUGGAAAACAAGGGAAAGAUAGCUGGUAAACACCCUGUAUUGUUGUUUCUUAGGCAUUCCAAGGUGAGAGAUGAGGUUCCAACAAAGCAGUUGAUUGGAUUCAAGAGUGUACAUAUAGAUGCAGGGGAAAAGACCAAAAUCAAAUUUGUGGUGAACCCUUGUGAACACUUCACUAGGGCUAAUGAAUAUGGUAUAUCAGUAAUUGAUGAAGGCAAAUAUUAUCUUGUUGUGGAAGAUAAGAAAUAUCCUGUUACUGUAUUCAUAUGACCCUUUAGAUCACAUAUACGAGUCCUAAUAACUAGUUAGUUAAUGUGGAAUUGUAGUGUUCAUCUCCUUUCUUAGUCCACCUCACCUACUUGUAUUUUUUAUCUGAAAUUUUA